AUGAAUGCAGCAAUAUGGAAUGUUCGUGGCCUGAACAAAAGAGACCACCAGCUAGCUGUGAAGGACAUUAUUGCUGAGUUCAGGUUACAGUUUCUUGGUCUUCUUGAAACUCGAGUUCGUUUUAAUAAUGUAGCUGCUAUUCAAUCUUUCUUACUGCCACAAUGGAAAUGGUUUAUGGAUUAUGGUUUGGUUGGUAAUUGGGUAUGGAUUGCGUGGGAUGAUAAUUUCCUAGAUGUUGAUGUAGUUGAAUGUGGUACCCAAUUUAUCCAGUGCCUUGUUUUUAUACGAUCACUACAUGAGUCAGUUGCCCUUACUGUGAUUUAUGGAGCUUCGGAGGUGGCGGACAGGAGGGAGUUGUGGGGUGCUCUAGAGACUAUUGCCAUGCAGAAUGUUGAUGUACCGUGGCUUAUUGGAGGGGAUUUCAACGCGGUGCGAGAUCUGAGUGAAGUAUGUGGAGCAUCGGGUGAUAUUCGAAUGGCAAUGGAAGAGUUUAAUUGCUGCAUUCAAAAUGCAAGAUUACUACCAUUGCCCAUGCAGGGAGAAUGGUAUACAUGGCAUAACUGCAGUACUAAUCCACGGAACCUUUGGAAAAGAUUGGACCGAAUACUGAUUAAUGAUAGAUGGAUGGCUCGGUUCCCGACAUCAAGUUAUACUAGUCUCACCCCACGAACCUCAGAUCACUCACCGUUGAUACUUAAUGGGGAUAGUCAACAACAAUUUGGAGGUAUGUUUCAUUUUGAUAAUUACCUCACUCUUUCUCCAGAGUUUAUUCCCAGUGUGCAGCAGAUCUGGCAGCAUAACAUCAUAGGAGUCCCAAUAUAUGUGGUAACGAGGAAACUCAAAGCAUUAAAAUCGGUAUUUAGAGAACAGAGGAGAAAAAAAUGGGACUUAUCGCACAAUGUCCAGCUGGCUAAAGGGUUUCUUGAGAUGGCACAGUUACUUGUUAGUUCAAACAGACAGGAGGAACUAUUCUUACAGCUGGAACACUGGUGUCGGACUGUCCUAGCUAAAGCAGUCAAACUUGAGCAGAAUAUGCUUCAAUAG